AUGGAACAUGGAAAUUCAUUGUGGGGAUUAAGAGAUUGUGUACCAAUGUUAAAAGGUAUUGCAUUAAUUGGUGGAUCAAUGUUUGCAGGUAUUAGUAUUUAUAUUCAAACUGUCGAACAUCCAGCUCGUUCAACAUUACCAACUGAAUUUGCAGUUAAUGAAUGGCGUGAAAGUUUUAAAAAGGCCGCUCCAUUACAAUCUUCUCUUGCUGCAGUUUCUGGUAUCGCUUCGUUGCUUACUUUUGGCUCCAUUGCAAAGGCAUCCUGCAAGACAAUCAACAAAGUAAUCGUCAAAGCCACAGAAGAUUCAGUUCGUCAUUGUUGCCAAUGUAAUGGUUUAGGUUGGUUGCUAAGUGGUGGUUUAAUGCUUUCCAUUAUUCCAUUCACUUUAUUAGCCAUUAUGCCAGUUAAUAAGAAAUUACAAUCCAAAGAACUUGAUACCUUUGCUGAUGAUACUCGUCAAUUAUUAGCUCAAUGGGGUGAAUUACAUUCAGUUCGUUCAGUUCUUUCACUCUCUGCGGUUGCAAUUAUGGGUUACAAAAUCUUUAGACACUCCCAUUUGUUAAUUAAAUCUUAA